CACAUUUCACUUUUGCAGUUUAUCCGACAGCAGUGUUUCUCAGUCGUUGCUCUGCUCUCGUCUCCAAACCAACAUGCUUUGAGCGUAAACGGGUUUAUCUGGGUGAACGGAGGGGAAAGAGCCAGGAUUGGAGAAAACUUUCAACAGGUCCCACCUGGAUGAGAGGAAUACACGGCGACGAGGGGAAUCCUUGGGGGGAACAGUAUGGCGCGUCGCUCUCAGUGUUCUUCGGCUGGGGAUAAUCCCCUGGACCCCAACUAUCUGCCCCCCCACUACCGGGAAGAGUACCGGCUGGCUAUCGACGCCCUGGUUGAGACGGAUUUGGAAGGAUACUAUCAGUUCCUGCAGAAAGCAGACGUGGUCGACUUCCUGGCCGCACCUGAGAUAGAAUUCAUUCACCACUCGGUCCAGGCUCCGCAGCAGAGCAGCCACCUGGAGCAGCAGUUUCUGGACAGCGGCGGAGAUGGCUCCUCCGACACGUACUGGCCGAUCCACUCCGACCUGGACGUGCCGGGUCUGGACCUGGGCUGGCCGCAGAUGCAUCCCUUCAUCGCCCCCACCGAGGUCACCACGCUGGUCAACCCGCCCGAGCCGGACAUGCCGAGCAUCAAGGAGCAGGCCAGACGACUCAUCCAGAACGCUCAGCAGGUUAUUGCCAUAGUGAUGGACAUGUUUACCGAUGUUGACAUGUUUGGGGAUCUUCUCAAUGCCGCCAUGAGGAAUGUGGCUGUCUACAUCCUGCUCGACGAGCAGAAUGCACAUCACUUUGUCAACAUGGUGUCCAACUGCAGAGUCAAUCUGCAAAGCAUUCAAUUUUUACGCGUGAGAACGGUGUCGGGCAUCAAAUACCAGUGCCGCUCAGGGCAGUCCUUCAAGGGUCAGAUGAUGGAUCGCUUCUUGCUAACAGACUGCAGGGCCGUGCUGAGUGGGAAUUACAGCUUCAUGUGGUCCUUUGAGAAGCUGCACCGCUGCAUGGCUCAUCUGUUCCUCGGGCAGCUCGUCACCACCUUCGAUGAGGAGUUUCGCAUCCUGUUUGCCCAGUCUCAGCCGCUGAUGAUGGAGAACAUGCUCGCCCCGAUGGAGGAGUUCGGCCUCUUGCAGAAGAGACAAUACCCGACUGACAAGGCUGCGUUUUACAGGGAGCCCAGAAAGUUUCUGUCCCAGGACGUGGGUCAGCCGGAUCAGUGGAUACGACACUCGUACGAUGAGCGAGGGGACGGGGACUGGAGGAUGAUGGCUCUAAAGAAGCAGGAGUCCCUGCACGGCCCCGGGGACAUGUACAGGAGACAAACCCGGGGGGACCCCAGUGGGGGGCCGCUAAUGGACAAUCCUGCACAUAAACGCCACUCCUACGCUGAAGGUGUCCACGAAAGAUACUCGUCACCAUUCCUGCAGCCGGGAAUACCCGACACCGAAGUCCAGGGGAAGUAUUUCCAAAAGGGUCAGCAACCUUUACCAGAACCAAGUUACUACGACAAGUUCUGGAGCCAAGGCUGUCAGUCGGUGGAUCAAUACUCCGAACCCGGUUUACCUCAAGACCUGCCGCCAUCCGACAACUUUGACCCUGUUCUUAACUAUUUAUCGUCCACCAGGAAUCUGGACUUUGAUCAGAGCUCGGAGAAUGUACCGCCCGCGGCCGACAUGCCGCUUAAUCCAUCCCACCCUAGGAGACCGGGCUUCGGCCAGCCGUACGUCUGCCAGGUCUCCCCCACCCCUUCAAGCUCCGCUGAGCAGAAACAAUUUUUCCAAGAUCCAACCGUUGACCGCAAAGACCCGACGGUGAAGCGGGGGCUGAGGAACUGGAGGAUUAACUCCUACCUCAGCGCGUAUGAGAACCAAGGGGAGGAAGGCCUGCCGACGGUACCGGCUCAGGCCGACGCCUUUGAGGAGCAAACUGCACCAGACACAGAUUUACCCGCUCUUAAAAUACCCAACGUCAGAGAGUUCAAGGUACCGGCGGUGCCCCGGGCAGGUCACAUGCCCAGUUAUGCCAAAACCAAAACAACACCGACGCCCUCGGAAUCGUCUUCCACCGCCGGGAGGGAAGAGGCCGAGGCGGCGGAGAGAAGGGAGCUGAAAACCAUCGGGCUUGUAAGGGACGACUCUUUCAGGAGGAAGUACAACGCCGCGGCGCCGCGGAGCUCCAGGCUGAGAUCCUCGCUGAUAUUUAGCUCUCUGGACCAGCAGACUUCUCAAGAAACUAGCGGCACAGAGCAGCCCGAUGAACAGAGUGACAAAAAUGAAGGCGAGACAACAAAGGUCCCCUUUGUUUCUCGCGUGCUGGGGCAGAGGAGGUCUGCUGCACGAGAACCUUUUGAAUGGAGCCGUUAUGUCAAAUCAUCCACUUUUGAUAACUCAUCCAAACCGGAUGACGAGAGCAGUAAAGGAGAUGAUAAAGAUUCAUCAAAAGAUGCUUCGGAAAAUCCAGUAAAGGAGUCAUUAAAGCCCAGAGAUGACAUUCCCUCGCCAUCGCUGUCACGGUCCACGUCGUCCGGAGCCGAGCAGGACGCGCAGCCACCUAAACCUUUAAUCAAAACUCCUUUAUACGUGGAUAUGAACGACGCUGACAACAGGCUCAUGUUUUUCAAAGAGCUGGCGGCAAAACGCAAAGCGGCUAAAGCUGCAGAAGCAGCUAAGAGUAAAGAGAAGGUGCAGGUGAAACCCCCGGCUGAACUCAAGGAGCCUCUUCCAAAUGAAGCCCCGGAGAGCAAAGCUUUGGACAAUACAGCCGUCAGUGACUCCACAACCUCCCAAGAUGUCUGUGACAAAGGAACCAAAGUCUCAGCCGAUUCGGAGACGGCAGAGUCUGCAAAAACAGAAACCUGUCAGACCAAACCGCCCGAAAAACCGCCUCCAUCCGCUGCUCCUGCGAAGGAGCGCAGUAAUCCACCAACACCAACAAAUGCUGUUAAGGUUUUACCUCUUACAAAAGGUACUGAUGAAAGUCUGAAGCCAGAUUCUGCCUCAAAGGAGCUCGUUUCAGCCACUCCCGGUUCAGAGGAGGUACCGUCGUCUUCUGAGUUCGAUGUCAAAGCUCCAAAUGUUGAAUCGGUUCAGUUGGAAACGAACUUGCUGCUGGCUCAUGAAGGAAACAGAGGGACGGAGUUGAGCUCUUCUAACACGUCAGUGCAAAGCCCUUCCUGUGAUGAACCUCUGCCAGGUCCAGCUCCACCGAGCGGCGCUGCCGCUACAGCACAGACCUCCCGCUCUAAAGAUCUGCCAGGCGUUUCCAGCUCGACACAUUCAGCUAAAGAAACUUCCUCAAAAUCUGCCGAUCUAGAUUCUGUUCCUCUCUCCACGUCAUCUGAGACGCCUUCGGCCGCUGACUCAGCCCUCGCUGCGUCCGGGAUUUCCUCUGACACCAGUGCUGCUCCAGAGACCAAUACUUCGUAUUUACAGUCCUCAACUAACGGGGACGGGUCUUCUUCAGCAGAUGGAUCAGAGAAAGCUGUUUCUAGAUCAGAAAAGGGUGAUCAUGGGUUGGAUAUCGGCUCAGUUGCAGAGGAAUCUGAAGCUCUUCGAUCUCCUAAAGCUGACCGCUCAUCGUUGAGUCUUGGCGUGCUCGGUUUGUCGAGUUUAGGAAGCUCUGCUCCUACACGUGACUUAAACCAGACUAUUAGUCCUGUAACCACUCCAGAACCAUCUCAAACGAGUGUCUUAGGCCGUGCAGAUACUGAAACAGCUUCUUCUCCUCGAGACACACCAACACAAGCCUCCACUCCCCACGACCUCGACCUCGGCUUUGAUGAGUUCUCCCCUGCAGAACCGGCCUCGCUUUCCCCCCCGGGGGAGUCUGACCAGUCAGGUCUGUUUCCUGAGAGCAGAAACACAGAGACCGACAGGUUUACCUCGGACGGUUUGUCAGAUAAAGACUUCCUUUCUGGGGAAACUCAACGAGAAUCAGAGGACUCGACGGACGCUACCUCAGCAUCCUCAGCAGACGUUCAUUUGCCAUGCAAAGCGUCUGAAUCAGACACACCUGAAAGCUGCACACCAGAGCCAGCUUUGUCCGGGGAAAGUAGUAAAAUACAGCCGGGAUUAACGUCCGCAGGCGAGAGGAAGGAUCAUAACGUGGAGGACACGAAUAAGAGCCGUAGAUCUAGUCGUCAGGACUCUGUGGGCAGCGACCAAACAAGCGAACCGGCGGAGACGACGACGUCCAAGCAGCCGAAGUCGAGCCCGUCCCGCUACCACUCGUCCACGGCCAACGUGCUCUCGAGCAGCAACCUCCGCGACGACACCAAGCUGCUCCUGGAGCAGAUCUCUGCCAACUCCCAGAGUAGGAACGAGGCCCCCAAGGAGCCUCCCGUCACCGACGACGAAAAGGAGGAUGAAGCGGACAAAAACGCCAAGAAGCAGAAGGAGAGAGGCUUCAGGACGCUCAGCCGAGGGCAGCCCAAGACGCCGCAGGAGCGUGAGAAGCUGCUGGAGAAGAUGCAGAGCUUGAGGAAGGAGAGGAAGGUCUACAGCCGCUUCGAGAUGGCGCCUUAGAUGGGACCAGGAGACAAAAAGGGGAAAAUGCGGAACCAGCAUAUUUAGAAAAACCUAUUUAAAGAUUAAAGAAAGGAUCUUGUGCACAGAAGAGACGGCGGAUCUGUAUCAGACUCCCUGAACUUCACAGAGAAAAACCACCAGCAGUAUAAAGUGUUCAAUCACCGGAGGACUUCUACUCCCCCCCGUCGUCACCGAGUCAUCACAUGUGUGAAACACACGAGGGCUCGGUACACGUAUGUGUGAUCUGUUCACUGGGUAAAGUGCAAUGUGUGCGACCUGUGGCGAGGCCUGUCCCUGCCUUUUAUCACAGCAACUUUUACAAGACGUGAUGUUCAAGUCCGGCAGAUCUUAGGUUGUAAAGCUGGUUUGUGUCACAGUGUCGUUACAGCCGUGAUAAAGCACAUCUGUCCACGGUUAAUGUCCAUACCAGUGUAAAUGUGUCGUAAUCCUUGAAACCAGAAGACUAAACAAGCUUAAACACCUGGGAUAUGAAUAUGGAGAGUUUGUGGUUCUUCCGAGCAGACAUAGGAGUCAGGGUCUUAACACCUUGUUGAAGGUCAGCUCAGUGAGUUACCAGCGUCACUCUACAUGUUUUCAUUGUCUGAAAUAAGUCACUAUAUAAGUCACUAAUCCCUCGUGGAGGUUCAUAUCCCAACGAGGGCAGUUCACUAUGUCUUUGCUAAAGGCCGCCGGCUGCCCGGGGGCUACUUUUGAUGAUGCAUUGUGAUCAGUACUCGAGUUGUAAAAAAAAAUCAGGGGGGAUGGUGGAUUUUAUCAUAUGGGGCCUGAUAAUUUGUGCUGAUUACAAAUAAUAUGAUAUAUUACAAAUACUAAUACUGACUAGAAAUACUGCAGGAAUGGCAUAGUAGCAGUUAAAUGCAGCCUUCUGUAAGCUUUAAAUAUCCACUGGGCUUACAUCAAAUACAGCAAAACACAACAGUAAAAAACACUUUUCUGAACUUAUCAAUAUGACUCUGUCCUUCACAUGAUAAGUAAAAUGGAUCACUGCAAAAACUAAAAAUCUUAACAAGAAUAUUUGUCCUAUUUCUAGUUAAAAUAUCUCAUUUUAGUAAAAAAAUCUCAUUACACUUAAAACAAGACUCAUCACUGGAAAAAACUACAAUUUUCACCUGUUUCAAGUAGAUUUUCACUUGAAAUAAGUAGAAAAAUCUGCCAGUGGAACAAGAUUUUUUUGCUUGUAAUGAGAAAAUAAAUCCUGUCCCACUGGCAGAUUUUUCUACUUAUUUAAAGUGAAAAUUUACUUGAAACAGGUGAAAAUUGUCAAAUAAUGUAUUUUUCUGGUGAUGACUCUAAAUGUUGAAAUAUCAGUAAAACCACAUUCAUUGAUGAAAUGACAUAAGGGAUGGAAAGGAGGGAUGGCAGUUUUACAGGGGGGAUGAUUUGGACCGUUUUUAUUUCAGGGGGGGGGGGUGAUUUGGACUGUUUUUAUUUCGGGGGGGGAUGCCAUCCCCCCUUAUCCCCCCUCAACUCGAGUACUGCUCGUCGAGGUUCAUAUCCCGACGAUGGCGGUUCACUAUGUCUUUGCUAAAGGCCGCCCGCUGCCGGGGCUACUUUUGAUGAUGCAUUGUGGGAUACAUUGAGUGCACUGUAGGGCGUAACUACGUUUUUGACAACACUACAAAAUGAAAAACAAAUUUGAGACAGAAUUUAUUUUUUUGUAAUCUUUUGUCGUCUGACGCUGUAAAUGUCCGAUGAAAGCUCGCUUUCACAGGGAAACCCACAACAAACAAAUCUGAAACCACUAACGGUCCUGAGAGUUUUGCUGGACGUUAACUCUUUUUACACAUUUAUGUUCAUUGUCCUCAGCAAUAAUUGCCAUUUUUAAAUUAAAAAAGAGAACCUGCUACA